AUGCCAGUGCCAGUGCCAGUGCCAGUGGGAACUGAGAGCUGGGAACUGGGAACUGGAGUCGAGGACAAGGACGAGGACGAUGGGUGGAGCUCGGGCCACCCCUCUCUCUGUGUCCCUCCCCCUUCCCCCUCCAACGAGCAAGCACUGCGCAAGGAAGCAAGGAAAGCAAGAAGAGCGCACCUGGCAACCCGGGCACCUGCACCACGGCUUAGCAGGGUACAGGCCAUUGCCGCAAAAAUUGAAUCUCCCCACACCCGCUUGCCCACCAAAAGCUCUGCCUCUCUCUGCCUCUCUGCCUCUGCCGCACCCGACUCGCCUGGCCUCGCCCUCAACCUUUUUCGCCAACCCCCCGAGCAACGCGACGGCCUAGGAUUAUGCGAACUGCCCGGUGACAAGAUGUCGGUCGCCUCAAAGAACCUCUACGACCUCCUCGGUAAUGACGAGGAGGGAUCCGAGACCCCUACUGCCCCUGUCAAGACCGUCACCAAGACAUCCACCAAGACUGGCAAGCCCAACGCCGACGGCACUGGUCCCGCCGGCUCCGCUGCUGCCGCCCGCUCUGGUGGCCGAGGUGGUUUCUCCGCCAACGAGACUGCUUUCCGCGAUGGAGGUGUUGGCUCUGGCGCCAACAGGAGGAAGCCCACUGACGAGGCUCCUCGUGGCGGCUCCCGAGGUGGCCGUGGCGCUCGUGGCCGUGGAGGCCGUGGCGCAACCCAUCACCGCAAUGCUGACGACCGGCACACUAAGAACAUAGUGCCAGGUUCCGAGAAGCAAGCUGCUCAGUCAUGGGGUGCCACCGAGGGCGCUGCCGAGCUCAAUGACGAGCAGGCUGGCGAGGCCAUUGCCCAGACCGAGCAGAAGGACGCCGAGGCUGAGGACGCCGAGGCCGAGGCCCAGGAGCCUGAGGUCAAGCAGGUCACUCUGGAGGCCUACCUCGCCGAGCAGGCCGAGAAGAAGCUUGCGCUGAACAGCAACACAAACACUCGCAAGGCCAACGAGGGUGUCAACUCCAAGCAGGAGAAGAAGUGGGCUGACGCCAAGGCCCUUGUCAAGGAUGAGACUGAGGACUUCAUCGCCGCCUCUGCAGGCAAGAAGCAGCGCGAGCGUGAGCGCAAGCAGAAGGUCCACGUCGACAUUGAUGGCCGCUGGCAGGAGCCUUCCGAGCGUCCCCGUGAGGGCCGUGGCGGCCGCGGAGGCCGUGGUGGUGCUGCUCGUGGUGAUCGUGGUGGCGAGCGUGGCGACCGCCGUGGAGGUGCCCCCCGCGGUGCUCCCCGUGGUGGUGCUCCUCGCGGUGGUGACGGCUUCCCUCGUGGUGGCCCCCGUGGUGGACGUGGCGCCGCUGCCCCCAUCAACACCAACGACACCAGCGCUUUCCCCAGCCUGGGCGGCAAGUAA